ACAAUGAAAGGCGGGCGCGGAGAAUAUUGUGAACAUAAAUUAACAGUGACUACCGAGUUAAAUAAAUAUGUUCGCCGCUAAACUACAAUAUUCUGUGUCUAGUCUUCAAAGCGCUUUGACGUGUCCGCUUCGUUGUAGCCGAAUCUGUGUGUACGCCUAUUUACGCCGUCCAGAACCAACGCAGCCGCAACUGAUAUAAAUCAUUGGAUUGGAGUACUACAAUGACAUAUUUCGGUGGUGUUGAAGGAGGUGCAACGCACUCACGACUUGUGAUCUGCAAUGAGGCUGGCGAAAUGGUGGGCACAACCAGCGGUCUGGGCACGAACCACUGGAUGAUUGGUAUAGCAGAGUGCGCCCGCCGCAUCGCCGAUAUGGUGGAGCGAGCAAAGGGAGAGGCUGGUAUACCAAAGGACACUCGUCUAAUCAGCUUGGGUCUUAGCCUAAGCGGUUGUGAGCAGGCAGCAACUAAUAAUGAACUGGAGCAGGAACUGCGCGCUACAUUUCCUAAUCUGGCCGAGAGCUAUGCGGUAUCUAGUGACACCAUGGGAAGCAUGUUCACGGCCUCAGCCGUUGGCGGAAUUGUGCUCAUAUCGGGCACUGGUUCCAAUUGCUUGCUACGUAAUCCUGAUGGCUCCACGUUCAACUGCGGAGGCUGGGGCAACUUCCUAGGCGACGAGGGCAGUGCUUGGUUUAUUUCCUACCGGGCCAUCAAAGUGGUCUUCGAUGAUAUGGACAACUUCGAGAAGUCGCCAGUGCCUACGGACAAGACGUGGGCACUGAUUAAGGAGCAUUUCAACAUUGACACACGCUACGACAUGUUGCCCCAUUGCUAUGCCAAAUUCGACAAGCCAUUUUUUGCCAAUCUCUGCCAGAAGUUGGCUGAGAAUGCCGAAAAGGGUGACCUCCUGGCUUUGUCACUAUUCCGAGAGGCUGGUGCGCAUUUGGCGCGCAUGAUCAAGGCCUUGUUGCCAAAUGUACAUAAGAGUUUAGUCGGGAAGUCGGGCGACUUGAGUGUAGUGUGUGUGGGUUCCGUGUGGAGCAGCUGGAAUCUGCUUAAAGAGGCUUUUAUUACGGAACUGCAGAAAAUAAAGCUGGAAUACAAUCUCAAGCUGGUUCGCAUUACCAAGAGCAGUGCCUAUGGUGCUUGUUAUUUGGGCGCGGAUAACGCCAAUUAUGCUUUACCACGCAAUUAUGCGGAUAAUUUUACGGUGCUGUACACAUACGACGGCCGACGAUCGUCAAAUACCGCGGGAGAGAAUGGAUGUAAAUGUCCUUGACAAACUAACUGCAAGCAAGAUUAAGAAAAUAUUCGAUGAAUGUUAGCAAUUAAGAUAGAAAUGCAUUCCAAUAAACUAGAAAAUUGUAAACAUUUGUUAGAAAUA